AUGUUCAAACGAAUGACGGACAAACUUGGUUCUCACUUUCACGGUUACAGUAAAGAACAAUAUAGUUCAUCUCCCAUUCAAUCCCCGAUCUCCAGCAUCCCAUCUACCGCCGUUUCCUCUGCGUCUUCACUUCUACCUCAAUAUGACCACAGAGGGUCUAUUUCUACUGAGAGAACAUCUCUUAGCGCAAGUGAUUGGAGCAAACGAGGAGAUAGCCUAGACUACAUUGAGGAGGAGAAAUCGUUAAAUGCUCGGCCUAGGAAGCAUAAAGGCACAUACCGCUUAGAGGAUUUUAUAAUUCAACGCACACUCGGCACUGGAAGCUUUGGCCGCGUUCACCUAGUUCGGAGUAAACACAAUCUUCGCUUUUAUGCGAUCAAAGUCCUCAAAAAGGAAAAGGUUGUGAGGAUGAAGCAGAUCGAACACACCAACAACGAACAGUACAUUCUCGCCGAUAUCUCACAUCCUUUCAUCAUCAAUCUAUGGGGCACGUUUCAAGAUGCGACCAACCUCUACAUGGUGAUGGACUUUGUACCAGGUGGUGAACUCUUCACUCUUUUGCGCAGGUCGAAUAGAUUCCCCGAGCCUGUCGCAAAAUUCUACGCGGCCGAAGUCGCAUUGGCUUUACAUCACCUACACACGCUCCACAUCGUAUAUCGUGAUUUAAAGCCAGAAAACAUUCUCCUCAACUCCGAUGGGCACAUCAAGGUGGCCGAUUUUGGUUUUGCCAAAGCUUGUUCAUCUGUAACUUGGACGCUUUGUGGGACACCCGAUUACCUAGCUCCCGAGAUCAUCAGUCAGCAGCGUUAUAACAAGAGUGUAGAUUGGUACGCCCUCGGCGUACUCAUCUUUGAGAUGCUUACUGGGCUACCGCCAUAUCACCAAGCUCAAGGAAAUCCAGCCAUACUUUACGAAAAGAUUACUGCUGGUCCUGCUCAUAUUCGAUGGCCCAGUGCAAACAACGAGGAAUUUCCCCUCUUGGCCAAAGAUUUAAUUGUAAAGCUCAUGGACUGCGACCCUUCUAAGCGAUAUGGGAACAUGCAACACGGCGCCGGCGACGUUUUUGCACACCCAUGGUUCAGAGAGGUGGAUUGGCAAAAACUCUGCUCGAGAGAUAUCAUCGCGCCAUACCUCCCGAAAAUUUCUGGUGACGGCGACGCUAGCGCCUUUGACAAUUAUGAUGAGGAUUUCGAAGCGACUGCUAGCUAUGGUCUACCCGCUAAUGACCCGUAUGGACAUUGUUUUCCGGACUUCGAAUAUUCCUACACCUCGUAGGAGUUGUGCAUGUAUCCCCAAAAUUACCCUGGAUGGACGGAUCCUCUUGUUUGUAUUUUAUUACAAGCCUCCAUUUCUGAAUGUUCAUAACGAGCAGUGCCUCCUAUUAUCUAUACUUUUGAUUUUUGAUUCCAUUCACCCAAAGAU